ACUGAUGGCAUUGGUUGUUGGAUGCUGCUGGGAAACUCUUCACAUAAACGGAGGCUGUGCUGUGAAGGUAGGCUGCCACAGGGAUUAGAAAAUCAAGUUUCUACUUCUAAUUUGGUUCGUCUCUCUGGGGAAAUCUUUUAAAAAGCGGGGUGGGGUGAGGUGGGAGGUUGGUGUUUUCAGUCUCAGCCAUGACGCACCCCGAGCGAACGUAAGAACCUGGGUCAGAAGCGCUCAGCGGCCGAACGCAGUCUUAGGGCGGACUACGUUUCCCACCGUGCUCCGCGGGCGCGCCAGUGCCUUACGCUAACACGUGAGUUCCCCCACCCAUUACUGUCUCUCGCGAGAGGACGGGCCGCACCGGCGGUAGUGUUAGCGAGCUGUGGUGGUUGUGGUGGUGGUGGUGGUGGCGGCCGAGACGGCGGCGGCCAUUUUGGUGAGGCCUCGGCAGCGGCGGCGGCGGCGGCAGCGGCUCACUGGGAAUAGCGUCUUUCUUCUUUACAACUCACUGCCCGCGUCUCUGUGCCGUGAGAGGAGGCAGUAGAGGCAAGGCGGUGGCAGUAGUCGCGUUCCCCAGGGGAAUUUAAAGGCUGUGAAGGCUGCGGCCAAGAGGGGGCCCUCCCCCCUCCUCGGCGGGAGGGGGGGUGGUGCGCACGCCCCCGAGGACGCAGGUGUAAUUCUCCUCAUUACGGCGGCACCGUGGAAGUGCAGACUUUCACAGGGGGUGUGGUCUCAGCUCACACAGGUGCUCCAGAGGCUGGUGGACCUGAGCGGAGGCUGGGACGCCCUGGUGGGCCCCGGGCCCUGGAAGACGGGUCCCGGUGGCCGGUGGCCCAGAAUGAGGCCAGCUCCCAGCAUGCCCUGCAGCCGGACGCCAGCCCCUCGGCCUGCAGCAGUGGUAAUAAGGACGCAGUCAUUCUUCAGGCAUCCACUGAGGUGCCUGGGAGUGGGACCAUGCAGAGCAGCCCCUCCCCUGCUCAUGCUCAGCUCUCAGUUCUACAGACACAGAUGGUGUCGGACGGCAUGACAGGCAGCAAUCCUGUGUCCCCUGCCUCAUCUAGUUCUCCAGCCUCUAGUGGGGCAGGUGGCAUCUCCCCCCAGCACAUAGCUCAAGAUUCUUCUCUGGAUGGACCUCCAGCCCCCCCAGAUGGUACCACAGUGCCUCUGGAAGGGGUCAGCUUAACCCAGGCUGGUGACCUGGCUAACAAGGGCCCAAAGUGGGAGAAGAGCCAUGCUGAAAUUGCAGAGCAAGCUAAACAUGAAGCUGAGAUUGAGACUCGGAUUGCUGAGCUGCGGAAAGAGGGUUUCUGGUCACUGAAGCGGCUGCCUAAGGUGCCGGAGCCGCCACGCCCCAAAGGUCACUGGGACUACCUUUGUGAGGAGAUGCAGUGGCUAUCUGCUGACUUUGCUCAGGAGCGCAGAUGGAAGCGGGGUGUGGCCCGUAAGGUGGUGCGCAUGGUAAUCCGACAUCAUGAGGAGCAAAGGCAGAAAGAGGAACGGGCUCGGAGGGAAGAGCAGGCCAAGUUGCGCCGAAUUGCUUCCACCAUGGCCAAGGAUGUCAGGCAGUUCUGGAGCAAUGUGGAAAAGGUGGUACAAUUCAAACAGCAGUCUCGCCUUGAGGAAAAGCGCAAAAAAGCCUUAGACCUACACCUGGACUUCAUUGUGGGUCAGACUGAAAAGUACUCAGACCUUCUAUCGCAAAGCCUCAACCAGCCACUAGCCUCCAGCAAAGCUGGCUCUUCCCCUUGCCUUGGUUCUUCCUCAGCUGCCUCCAGUCCUCUACCUUCUGCUUCCAGACUGGAUGAGGAAGAUGGGGACUUCCAACCCCAAGAGGAGGAGGAGGAAGAUGAUGAGGAGACCAUUGAGGUUGAAGAACAACAGGAAGGCAAUGAUGCAGAGACUCAGAGGCGUGAGAUUGAGCUGCUUCGACGUGAGGGAGAACUGCCACUGGAAGAGCUGCUCCGUUCCCUCCCUCCUCAGCUGCUGGGUGGGCCUUCGAGCCCCUCUCAGACCACCUCAUCUCAUGAUAGUGAUGCCAGAGAUGGGCCUGAAGAAAGUGUUGAAGAGGAACCUCCUCAGCUUUUGGAGGUGAAGUCUCGACCUGCCUCUGUCACACAGCGUAACAAACAGCCCUGGCAUCCAGAUGAAGAUGAUGAAGAGUUUACUGCCAAUGAGGAUGAAGCUGAGGAUGAAGAAGACACCAUAGCAGCUGAGGAACAGUUGGAAGGGGAGGUGGAUCAUGCCAUGGAGCUUAGCGAAUUGGCUCGAGAAGGUGAGUUGUCUAUGGAGGAGCUACUUAAGCAGUAUGCAGGAGCCUAUGCCUCUGAUGCUUCUGCUCCGGGAUCUGGGAGUAGUGAAGAAGAUGAAGAUGAGGAGGUUGAGGCUAACACCUCUGAAUGCGAGCCAGAUGGGGCCACAGAAGCUGAAGAGGCUCCUCAUGAAGAUAGUAGCAGCCAGUCAGAUUCUGCUGAGGAACAGAGCGAGGAUGAAGAAGAUGAGCAUUCAGAAGAGGAAGAAACAAGUGGGAGUUCAGAAUCAGAGGAAUCUGAGUCUGAUGAAUCUGAGGAUGCUGGAUCGCAAAGCCAGGCAGAUGAGGAAGAGGAGGAAGAUGAUUUUGGGGUGGAAUACUUACUUGCCCGUGAUGAAGAACAGAGCGAGGCAGAUGGAGGCAGUGGGCCUCCCACGCCAGGGCCCACCACCACUCUAGGUCCUAAGAAAGAAAUUACUGACAUUGCUGCAGCUGCUGAAAGUCUCCAGCCCAAGGGGUACACCUUGGCCACAACCCAGGUGAAGACACCCAUCCCCCUCCUCUUGCGAGGCCAGCUCCGGGAAUAUCAACAUAUUGGGCUUGAUUGGCUGGUUACUAUGUAUGAGAAGAAACUUAAUGGGAUUCUUGCAGAUGAGAUGGGGCUAGGGAAGACUAUUCAAACCAUCUCCUUGCUUGCUCACUUGGCUUGUGAGAAAGGUAACUGGGGUCCCCAUUUAAUCAUUGUUCCUACCAGCGUGAUGUUGAACUGGGAGAUGGAGUUGAAACGUUGGUGCCCCAGCUUUAAAAUCCUUACUUACUAUGGAGCCCAGAAAGAGAGGAAGCUCAAGCGGCAGGGCUGGACCAAGCCCAACGCCUUCCAUGUGUGUAUCACAUCUUACAAGCUGGUGCUGCAGGACCACCAGGCAUUCCGUCGCAAGAACUGGCGCUAUCUCAUUCUAGAUGAGGCUCAGAAUAUCAAGAACUUUAAGUCUCAGCGCUGGCAGUCACUGCUUAACUUCAACAGUCAGAGGCGCCUGCUCCUCACAGGAACACCCUUGCAGAAUAGCCUCAUGGAGCUGUGGUCGUUGAUGCACUUUUUGAUGCCCCAUGUCUUCCAGUCUCAUCGAGAGUUCAAGGAAUGGUUCUCUAAUCCACUAACUGGCAUGAUUGAGGGCAGCCAAGAGUAUAAUGAAGGUCUAGUCAAACGACUCCAUAAGGUUUUGCGGCCUUUUUUGUUGCGUCGAGUUAAGGUAGAUGUUGAGAAACAAAUGCCCAAAAAGUAUGAGCAUGUAAUCCGCUGCCGGCUCUCCAAGCGCCAGCGCUAUCUCUAUGAUGACUUCAUGGCACAGACUACAACCAAGGAGACGUUAGCUACAGGCCAUUUCAUGAGUGUCAUCAACAUUUUGAUGCAGUUGCGGAAAGUCUGCAAUCAUCCAAAUCUUUUUGACCCUCGACCUGUUACUUCCCCUUUCAUUACCCCAGGCAUCUGCUUCAGCACUGCCUCUUUGGUGCUGAGUGCUACAGAUACCCACCCACUCCAGCGGAUAGACAUGGGUCGCUUUGACCUUGUUGGCCUGGAAGGUCGUGUGUCUCGAUAUGAGGCUGACAUAUUUUUGCCCCGGCACCGUCUCUCUCGCCGGGUACUACUAGAGGUGGCUACUGCUCCUGAUCCUCCACCCCGGCCCAAGCCAGUCAAGAUGAAGGUCAACAGGAUGCUGCAGCCAGUGCCCAAGCAAGAAGGCCGCACAGUGGUGGUUGUGAACAGCCCCCGGACGCCCCUUGGCCCUGUCCCAGUCCGACCCCCUCCAGGUCCUGAGCUCUCAGCCCAGCCCAUCCCUGGCCCAACCCCCCCAGUGUUGCCAGCACCACUGAUGGUGUCAGCCUCACCUGCCGGGCCCCCACUUGUUCCUGCAUCCCGGCCCCCUGGACCUGUUCUCUUGCCUCCCUUGCAGCCAAACAGUGGUUCUCUCCCCCAGGUGUUGCCAUCUUCCCUGGGAGUCCUGAGUGGGACCUCACGGCCUCCUACGCCAACCCUAUCUUUGAAGCCAGCCCCACCUGCCCCAGUUCGUUUGAGCCCAGCCCCACCUCCAGGGUCCUCUAGCCUAUUGAAGCCCCUGACAGUGCCACCAGGAUAUACUUUCUCCCCUUCUGGUUCUACCAGCACCUCUGGCACCACAGCAACUGCUCCUACCACAGCAGUGUCAGCUCCAACUCCUGCACCACAGCGCCUCAUUUUGUCUCCUGAUAUGCAAGCUCGCCUGCCCUCAGGUGAAGUGGUCAGCAUCGGGCAGUUGGCCUCACUGGCACAACGUCCAAUGGCAAGUGCUGGGGGAAGCAAACCUCUCACCUUCCAAAUCCAGGGCAACAAGCUGACUCUGACUGGUGCCCAGGUGCGCCAGCUUGCUGUGGGGCAGCCCCGCCCGCUGCAAAGGAAUGUGGUGCACCUGGUGUCAGCAGGGGGGCAGCACCACCUCAUCAGCCAGCCUGCCCAUGUGGCCCUCAUCCAGGCCGUGGCCCCGACCCCUGGCCCCACCCCUGUCUCUGUGCUGCCUUCUUCGACCCCCAGCACCACCCCCGCCCCCACUGGCCUCAGCCUUCCGCUUGCUGCUAACCAGGUGCCACCAUCUAUGGUGAAUAAUACAGGCGUGGUGAAGAUUGUAGUGAGACAGGCCCCACGGGAUGGACUGACUCCUGUUCCACCUCUGGCAUCAGCACCCCGGACCCCAAGCUCUGGGCUUCCAGCUGUGUUGACUCCACGCCCCACGUUAACCCCUGGCCGGCUACCCACAUCUACUCUGGGCACUGCUCGUGCACCCAUGCCCACGCCCACUCUGGUGAGGCCCCUUCUCAAGCUGGUCCACAGUCCUUCGCCUGAAGUCAGUGCUUCAGUGCCUGGACCUGCUCCUAUGACCAUCUCUUCUUCUCUCCAUGUGCCAUCCUCGCUCCCUGGGCCACCCUCUUCUCCAAUGCCUAUUUUCAACUCCUCUCCCCUUGCUAGUCCUGUGUCCUCUACUGUCUCAGUCCCAGUGUCAUCUUCACUCUCCAUCUCUGUCCCCACCACACCUCCUGUUCCUGUCUCAGCAGCACUAACCAUCCCCAUUUCAGCCCCUUUGCCUGUUUCGGCCUCAGGCCCAACUCUGUUGACCAAUGUGACUCCUGCACUGGCACCUGUUGUCUCGGCAGCUCAUGGACAACCCUCUUUGGUGCCAGCUGGGGCUUCCCCACCAGCGUCAGCAUUGACUCUAGGAUUGGCCACUGCUCCAGCCCUAUCCCCAUCUCAGACACCUGGUCACCCUCUAUUGUUGGCUCCCACCUCUUCCCAUGUUCCAGGGUUGAAUUCAGCUGUGGCCCCAGCAUGUUCACCUGUCCUCGUGCCAGCUUCCGCUCUGGCCAGUCCUUUUCCAGCGGCGCCAAAUCCAGCUCCAGCUCAGGCGUCCAUUCUUGCUCCAGCACCGUCUGCAUCCCAGGCUUUGGCCACCUCUUUGGCUCCUAUGGCGGCUCCACAAACAGCAAUCCUAAGUCCUUCUGCGGCUCCUCUGGCUCCCCUUCCUGUCCUGGCUCCAUCGCCAGGUCCUGCUCCUGUUCUGGCUCCAUCGCAGACUCCAGUUCCAGUUAUGGCUCCAUCAGUGACUCCAGGAUCCCCUUUAGCCUCAUCUUCAUUGGUACCAGCUCCAGCUCCUGUGUUGGCUACAUCAUCAACUCAGACCAUGGUGCCAGGCCCAAUUCCAUCACCUCUUUCAAGCCUGGCUUCUACACAGACACUGGCCCUAGCCCCAGCUUUAGCAUCUACUCUUGGUGGCUCGUCUCCAUCUCAUACACACUCUCUGGGAACUGGGAACCCUCAGGGGUCCUUUCCAACUCAGACAUUGUCAUUGACUCCAUCAUCAUCUCUGGUACCAACUCCAGGCCAGACACUGUCUUUGGCAUCAGGAGCAUCACUGGGUCCAACUCAGACGCUGUCUCUAGCUCCGGCUUCUCCUAUGGGUCCUUCCCCAGCUCACGCGCUGACUUUGGCUCCAGCAUCAUCACCUGCUUCACUCCUGGCCCCGGCUUCAGUGCAUUCACUGACUUUGAGUCCAGCUCCAGUUCCUGUGCCUACCCUCGGUCCAUCUGCUACUCAGACCUUGGCACUGGCACCAGCUUCAACACAGGCCCCAGCUUCCCAAGCAUCUUCCCUUGUGGUUUCAGCAUCUGGCACUGCUUCCUUGCCUAUCACCAUGGUAAACCGGCUGUCUGUUCCUAAGGAUGAACCUGAGACACUGACAUUGCGCUCUGGUCCCCCCAGCCCACCCUCCACCUCUACCUCGUUCAGUGGCCCCCGGCCUCGACGCCAGCCCCCACCACCACCUCGUUCCCCUUUUUAUCUGGACUCACUGGAGGAAAAGAGGAAGAGGCAGCGGUCUGAACGCCUAGAAAGGAUUUUCCAACUUAGUGAGGCUCAUGGGGCCCUGGCACCCAUGUAUGGGACUGAAGUCCUGGAUUUCUGUACCCUGCCCCAACCUGUUGCCAGCCCCAUCGGCCCUCGUUCUACUGGUCCCAGCCACCCCACCUUUUGGACUUAUACCGAGGCUGCCCAACAGGCUGUACUGUUACCCCAGCAGCGACUAGACCAGCUGUCAGAAAUCAUUGAGAGAUUCAUCUUUGUCAUGCCUCCUGUGGAGGCACCUCCCCCAUCCCUUCAUGCCUGUCAUCCACCUCCUUGGCUGGCCCCACGGCAGGCAGCCUUCCAGGAGCAGUUGGCCUGUGAGCUGUGGCCCCGGGCUCGUCCUUUGCACCGUAUUGUGUGUAACAUGCGCACCCAGUUCCCUGACUUGAGACUUAUCCAGUAUGAUUGCGGAAAGUUGCAGACUUUGGCAGUGCUGUUACGGCAGCUCAAGGCAGAGGGCCACCGAGUGCUUAUCUUCACCCAGAUGACACGAAUGCUAGAUGUAUUGGAGCAGUUUCUUACCUACCAUGGCCACCUGUACUUGCGUCUGGAUGGAUCUACUAGAGUUGAACAGAGACAGGCCUUGAUGGAACGGUUCAAUGCAGACAAACGCAUAUUCUGCUUCAUCCUUUCAACUCGAAGUGGGGGUGUGGGCGUGAACCUGACAGGAGCAGACACUGUUGUUUUUUAUGACAGCGACUGGAAUCCUACCAUGGAUGCUCAGGCCCAGGAUCGCUGUCAUCGAAUUGGCCAGACUCGAGAUGUUCACAUCUAUAGGCUUAUUAGUGAACGGACUGUGGAGGAAAACAUUCUGAAAAAGGCAAAUCAGAAGAGAAUGUUGGGAGACAUGGCCAUUGAGGGAGGCAACUUCACCACAGCCUAUUUUAAACAGGCAUUGUGUCGGGCAGAGGAUGAAGAAGAUAUCCGUGCAGCCACCCAGGCCAAGGCUGAACAGGUGGCUGAACUUGCAGAAUUUAAUGAGAAUGAUGGAUUUACUGUUGGUGAGGGAGAGGAGGCCAGUCGGGUUGGAGCUGAUGAUGAAGAGAUGUCCCGGGCUGAGCAGGAGAUUGCUGCCCUUGUGGAGCAGCUGACCCCUAUUGAGCGAUAUGCCAUGAAAUUCCUAGAAGCCUCUUUGGAAGAAGUGAGCCGAGAGGAGCUCAAACAGGCAGAAGAACAAGUGGAAGCUGCCCGAAAAGACCUGGACCAAGCCAAGGAGGAGGUGUUUCGCCUACCCCAAGAAGAGGAAGAAGGGCCAGGGGCUGGGGAUGAGAUUUCCUGUGGGACUAGUGGAGGCAGCCACCGGCGCAACAAGAAAGUCAAGGCCCCUGAGAGGCUGGGGACUCGUGUCAGUGAGCGUCUUCGUGGAGCCCGGGCCGAAACUCAAGGGACAAAUCACACUCCUGUCACUUCCACCCAUCAUACCCGCAGCACUUCCACUCCCCCCCGCUGUAGUCCUGCCAGGGAACGGGUUCCCAGGCCAGCACCUAGGCCUCGGCUUACUCAGGCUUCAGCUCUUACUGUAGUUCCUGCCCCAGUCCCUGUCUCAAUACCCAUUUCAGCCCCAAAUCCAAUAACUGUUCUUCCUGUCCAUAUCUCACCAUCUCCCCCACCUCCUCCACAGAUUCCUCCUUCCUGUUCUCCUGCCUGUACCCCUCCUGCUGCCUGUACCCCUCCACCACCACCUCAUACUCCACCACCAGCCCAAACUUCUCUCUUAACUCCUCCUUCCCCACUUCUUCUUGAUUCACCUUCUGUGCCCAUCUCUUCUCCAGUUACUAACCUCUCAUUGGGCUUGGGGCCUGAAGCAGAACUUUGUGCACAAGCACUGGCAUCUACAGAGCCCCUGGAGAUGGCUGGUAUGACCAGUUCUGAAACUUCCCCGCUUACUCUUAUACCCCCUAAGGAUCUAUUGCCAGUUGCUGUUGAGAUCCUGCCCGUGUCAGAGAAGAACCUUCCCCUUCUCCCUCCUGCAUCUAGCCCAACCCCAGAGGCUGGCAGCAUCCCCAAUGGUCAGGAGCAAGAGAUACGAGAUCUUGCUGAGGGGAACAUUACAGUGCUGGAUCGUGAGGAGCUGUCCACAAGUUUGAGUGAGAGCAAUGGCCUGGAGCUCCCACCCUCACUACCAUCUGAUGAACCACUCCAGGAGGCUAAUAGGAACUCAGAAGAGUUGGUAGAGGUUCACACCCCAACCUCCAGCCCAGAGAAACCACAAGAACUUGGUACAGCUGAAGCUACAGUUCCAUCAACAUCGUCUUCAGAUACCUCCUCUCCUGAGGGUCCUUCAUCUAUCCGGCCCCCUCGGCGUCGAACCAGUGCUGAUGUAGAAAUUAGGGGUCAGGGGACUGGUGGACCAGGGCAACCUCCAGGCCCCAAAGUGCUUCGAAAGCUACCGGGACGGCUAGUAACUGUAGUAGAGGAAAAGGAACUUGUGAGGCGACGACGUCAGCAGCGAGGAACUGCCAGCACCUUAGUGCCUGGUGUCUCUGAGAUUAGUGCCAGCCCAGGAAGCCCAUCUACCCGAAGCAUGUCUGGGCCAGAGUCCUCACCUCCCAACAGUGGGCCCAGUGAAGCUGCUCCCUCAUCCUCACUGCCCACCCCAACUCAGCCCUUCAUCGCUCGACGUCACAUUGACCUGGGGGUGGCUGGAACGAGCAGCCCAGAGAAUGGAGAAGGAGCACUGCUUGCCAUCUCUCCACCUGCUGUGAAACGUCGAAGGGGGAGGCCCCCCAAAAAGACCAGGUCUCCAGCAGAUGCUGGACGUGGGGUGGAUGAGGCAACUUUAUCCACCUCUAAAGGGAAGACCAAUGGGACUGAUCCAGUCCCUGGGACUGAGACCCUAAUUGUUGCAGAGCCUGUCCUGCGGCCUCAGCUUGUUCCUGAAUCCCAGCUUCCUGGACCCCCACCAGCUCACAGACCAGAGCCCAUCAUCCUGUCACCUGUGGAGAAGAAAAGGCGUGGGCGCCCCCCCAAGGCACGAGAUUUGCCCAUCCCUGGGACCGUUUCCUCUCCAGGGGAUGGCAGUUUAGAGAGCCGGACACAGCAGCUCCCACAACCACCACUGCCACCACCCCUGCCACUGCUAACCUGUCCUACUGUUCCUGUCGCCAACACUGUCACCACAGUCACCAUUUCAAUGUCCCCACCCAAGCGGAAGCGGGGCCGACCUCCCAAGAAUCCACCAUCCCCUCGGGCCAGUCAGCUCCCUGUAUUGGACCGUGACAGCUCUUCUGUCCUUGAGAGCUGUGGAUUGGGGAGGCGGCGGCAACACCAGGGCCAGGGGGAAAGUGAGGGUAGCUCUUCUGAUGAGGAUGGAAGCCGCCCUCUCACCCGCCUGGCUCGCCUGCGACUUGAAGCAGAGGGAAUGCGGGGACGAAAGAAUGAAGGGUCCAUGGUGGUGGCUGUAAUUCAAGAUGAUCUGGAUGUAGCAGAUAGUGGGCCAGGCGGGUUAGAAUUGACACCUCCUGUGGUCUCAUUAGCCCCAAAACUGCGCUCAACCCGGCUACGCCCAGGGUCCUUAGUUCCCCCGCUAGAGACUGAAAAGGUGCCUCGCAAACGGGCAGGGGCCCCAGUUGGUGGUUCUGGGUUGGCAAAACGGGGCCGUGCACAACCCCCAAGUCCCCUGGGGCCCGAGGGUUCAGUGGAAGAGUCUGAGCCUGAGGCCUCAGGUGAGGAAGAGGAAGGGGAUGGAAGCCUACGCCGACGGCCUGGGCCCCGCAGGCUUGUUGGGACCACCAACCAAGGGGACCAACGCAUCCUGCGCAGUGGUGCCCCUCCCCACCUGUCUGGCCCUACUGUUAGUCACAGAGGCCGGAAAGCCAAGACGUGAGUGGGCUGCCCUUCACCUAGGCUUCCCACCAUGGCCACUCUCCCUCCAUGACCAGGCCUGACUCUGUUAACCACUACUUGAAGUCUUGAGGGGGAAAGCCUCCAGGGAGACAUAAGGGCCUUCUCCCUUCUUUCCACCAAAGUAGGGGGUAGGCAACUGACUGUCAUGGAAAUGUGGCUCAUCACAAUCCUUCCCUUCCACCUGUGUGGCUGGGCAGUGUUAAGGGUGGCAAGAUAGUCUUUGUCCCACCUCCUUGUACUUGAUUCCCCAGCUGUCUUUCAUAGCCCCAUACCCUUAUGGGAAAGGGAAGGGGCUUCUCUACAAUGAGUUUUUUUUCUUUUUUUUUUUUUUUUUUUUUAAGGAGAAAAAAUAAUAAACUUAGUUUCUGUACAAGCA